AUGACCGCCCUUCACCCCGAGUUCGCACCUGUCGCUAUCAUCGCAUGCCUCUCACUCCUGCUCCCUCUGCCAUGGCACUGGCGAGCACGCAAUGUUGCCACUCUCUCCAUGAUCUUCUGGCUAUUUGUCUCCAAUCUCAUCUACGCUGUUAACGCUCUCAUUUGGGGAGAUAACGUCAAAAUCGUCGCUCAGGUUUGGUGUGAUAUCACUACGAAACUGAUCAUUGGUGCCAACUUUGGUCUACCAGCGGCAUGCUUCUGCAUCAGCAUGCACCUCGAGAAAGUCGCGUCGUUGCGCAACGCGCAGAGCUCCAGCGUCGAACAACGUCGUCGCCGUCUGAUUGAAGCUGCUUUGUGUAUUGGUCUACCAUUUGCUUUCAUGGGACUUCACUUCAUCGUCCAAGGACACCGCUUCGACAUCAUCGAAGGCUACGGCUGCCGUCCGCACACCUACUACUCCAUUCCCGCCAUCUUUAUCGUGUGGCUCCCACCUUUGCUCGCAUCUUUCGGAUCUCUUUGUUACUCAGCCAUCGCUCUCCGCCACUUCGUCGUUCGCCGUCUCACAUUCGCUGCCCAUCUCAACUCGUCCAAGUCCGGCUUGACCACCUCCCGCUACAUGCGCCUGAUCGCUAUGGCUGCCACCCAGAUGAUCUGGGCUGUCACUGUCACCUCCUACUCGCUAUGGUUCACCUCCAUUGCCAUUCCUCUUCGCCCAUGGACCAACUGGGAGGACGUGCAUUCGGACUUUGGCCGUGUUGACCAGUUCCUCGACUUCUUCACCCCUCCUCAUAUCAAGCAUUCGUUCUAUGUCCUUUGGUGGAUGGUCCCCAUUUCCGCCUUCCUCUUCGUCGCAUUCUUUGCUUUCGGCAAGGACGCCAUGGAUGAGUACAAGAAGUGCUUCACUUGGGUCAAAGUCAACAUCUUCCGCAUCAAGCCCAGCGAUACGUCUACCAAGAAACCGUUCUCGUUCGUCCAGUUCUCAAGGUAUGUUUCAGCUGCAGAGCCGUCCUGGACUAGGCUAACUCCCCGCUCUUCCAUCAGUGGCAAGUCACCUGCCAUUCUCCCCAUCUCUAAACCCACUCUCCAAGGGUCUACAAUGACAGAAUCGACACUCACGCCAUUCUCGCCCACCCAGUCCAGCCGGUUGUCCCUUUCGACGCUGCGCAACUCGGACGAAGACUGUGAUUUCAAACCCUACCAAUUCGCACUGGGGAAGGCCAUCGGCUCGUAUACGGACCUGUCGGUCGCAGAACGCGAGCCCAUUUCGACCCCCUCUACUGCUGUAGGGUCGUCAUCACUUGGGCACGAAAAAACCUCGUCCUUCAAGUUCGACUUCCAACUCCCACCCCUCUCCCCUCCUUCACCUAUCACACCCCCUCCUCCCAAUCCUCGUCGAUUGAGGCCACUCAUGCUCGGUGCUUCCCGUGCGGAGGCGCCCACGAGCCCCAGACCUCUGACAUACCCCUCUCAUGAGGCGGCAAUGCGCGGUCUCGACGCUGAAAGCCAGCGUCAGUGA